AUGGAUAAAUUCGAAGAAAUGCCUACACCGGCAACUAAUAAAUCAGGUGGUGCGAUGGAUAAUGGUCAUGAACCAGCUGAAAUGAAAUAUUUACGUUCAAUAGAUAUGAAUUCCAAAGAUAGUAUUACCGAUGCAACAACAGCUAAUGAAUGGGCAGCGAAGAAAUUCGUCUGGGUGCCUGAUGAACAUGAAGGUUUCAUUCGUGGCCAAGUUCGCCAAGAACAAAUGGACGGACAGUUACUAGUGGAUUUAGAAAAUGGAAAACGUGUGACUAUACAUAAAGAUGAUACACAACGCGUCAAUCCACCGAAAUUCAGUAAAAUAGAAGAUAUGUCCGAGUUAACAUGCUUGAAUGAUGCUUCGGUAUUAUAUAAUUUAAAAGAACGUUAUUAUUCGGGAUUGAUCUAUACAUAUUCGGGUUUAUUUUGUGUUGUUGUCAAUCCGUACAAACGCUUGCCAAUCUAUUCGGAAAAUGUUAUCGAAAUGUACAAAGGAAAGAAGCGAAAACCAAAUUACAAAGCACCAGCUGAUUUUAGCAUCAUUCAUUAUGCUGGUAAAGUCGAAUAUUCAGCUGAGCAAUGGUUAAUGAAAAACAUGGAUCCAUUGAAUGACAACGUCGUAGCCCUUUUACAAACGGCAAGCGAUCCAUUCACACGUGAAAUCUGGAAGGAUGCCGAAAUUGUCGGUCUCUCUGCCGCUGAUCCAAAUGAUGCUACAUCGAGUUUGAAAGUAAAUAUCAAGAAGGGCAUGUUCCGAACUGUUGGCCAACUUUACAAAGAACAAUUAACGAAAUUGAUGAGCACAUUGAAGAAUACCAAUCCAAACUUCGUUCGUUGUAUUUUACCGAAUCAACAAAAGAAGGCGGGUGUUAUCCACUCACCACUUGUACUUGAACAAUUACGAUGUAAUGGUGUUUUGGAAGGCAUUCGUAUUUGCAGAAAUGGCUUUCCAAAUCGAAUUCUAUUUCAAGAAUUUCGUCAACGCUACGAAAUUCUUUGUCCAAAUGUCAUUCCAAAAGGAUUUAUGGAUGGCAAAGCAGCAUCCCAAAAGAUGAUCAAAGAACUUGAACUCGAUGAAAAUCUCUACCGAAUUGGUCUUACGAAAAUCUUCUUCCGUUCAGGUGUUCUCGGUCAUUUAGAAGAAGAACGCGAUUUGAAACUAACAGAUAUUAUAACACAACUGCAAGCUUUAUGUCGCGGUGUUCUUGCUCGAAAGAAUUAUCAACGACGUAUUCAACAAUUGAAUGCCAUUCGUGUUAUUCAACGUAAUGGUCGUGCUUUAAUGAAAAUUCGCAACUGGAAAUGGUGGCGUUUGUUUACCAAGAUAAAACCAUUGUUACAAGUCACUCGACAAGAUGAAGAAUUAACUCAGAAACAAGAAGAGAUACGUCGAAUGAAAGCUGAAAUGGAAUCUCGCAAUUCACAAGUUCAAGAGAUUGAACAACAAUUGCAAAUGGUUCAAACAGAACGAAAUGUUGUAAACGAACGUCUCAUUCAUCUAACCGAAGCUUUAGUUGAAUCCGAUGAAAACUUACGACGAGUACAAACACGUAAAAUGGAACUCGAAAAUAUGGUACAAGAAAUCGAACAACGUUUAGAAGAAGAAAUGGAACGAAGCAAUGGUUGGACAAAUGAACGAAAGCAAUUGGAACAGAAAUUACAAGAUGUUACCGAACAACUUGAAGAAGAAGAGCACGGUCGACAAAAACUACAGAUCGAACGUGUACAAUUCGAAGGCAAAAUAAAAAAUUUCGAAGAUAUCGUUGCCAGUCAACAGAAUGAACUUAGCAAAUUGCAAAAAGAACGCAAAUUUCUUGAAGAUAAACUUCAAGAGGUUGCUCACCAACAACAAGAUGAAGGUGAAAAACUGAAAAAUCUUCUUCGAUUGAAGACCAAACAAGAAAGUCAAUGUGCAGAUUUAGAAGAGCGAUUAAAACGCGAAAUCGAACUUCGUCAAAAACUAGAACGUGAUAUUCGUCGUCUCGAAGGCGAAGUUCAAGAGCUUCGCGAACAACUUCAAGAUCGUAUUCAACAAAUUCAUGAUUUACAAGUUCAUUUGGCGCGUCGCGAAGAAGAACUAACCCAAGCUGUCACGAAUAUCGAAACCGAAGCAGCAACGAAAGUUACCUUUCAGCGUCAAAUCCGCGAAUUUCAAACAAGUAUUCAAGAUCUUCAAGACGAUAUGGAAAGUGAAAAGGAAUCACGCAAACGUUUGGAACGGGAAAAACGCGAAUUGAUGGAAGAAAACGAAUCCUUACGUAAUGAAUUACUUGAUCGCAAAGAUAUCAAUCAAGUUAUGCUUGAACGCGAGAAGAAACGAGAAGAAGAAGCCGUCACAUUGAAACGUGCAUUGGAACAAGCGCAUGGUGAUCGAGAAUCAGUCAUCGCUGAACUACGUCUUAAAUACACCAAGCAAAUCGAAGAGCUCUCCGGUCAAUUUGAAAAUGCGAAAAAGCAAUUACAAACCUUUACCAAAGAUCGUCAACAACAGCAAACUGAUUUGAUCGAUCGUGAUAACGAAAUCAAGAAUCUCAAUGCACAAAAACAAGAUAUUGAAAGAAAACGUCGACAAUUAGAAACAUACGUUCAAGAACUUCAGCAUAAAUUCAAUGACAGCGAAAGAAUAAAAAAUGAAGCUACAGAUAAAUUACAACGAUACCAACAAGAUAUUGAAAGUAUCAACGCCGCUUUCAUCGAAAUGGAACAACGUUCACAAAAUAAUGAACGUGCUGUUGCUAUGUUAAAUCAAGACAUUCAAGAAUUACAAGAAAAUCUUCAAGAAGAAAAUCGUCAGAAAAUGAAUGCUUUAACCAAACUCCGUCAAACGGAAGAUCUACUCGCUGAAUUGAAAGACCAGGCUGAAGAUAAAGAAGAAGAACGCGUUAAAGCCGAAACGAAGAUCAUUCAAUUGACUCAACAAAAUGCCGAAUUGCGUCGUCAAGCGGAACAAGUUAAUGUCGAACAAAUGGAAGAAUUACGUCGACAAUUACAACGUGAAAAAGAAGCCGUUUUGAAACAACUCGACGAAGAGAAACUAUUGAAUACGAAAUUAGUCAAAUCCAAUCAGAAAUUUUCUAAUGAUAUUGCUGAUGUCACUGUGGAAUUGGAACGUUAUCGUACUAUUGUUCAAAACGUUGAAAAACAACAACGUUCAUUCGAUAAACGCAUUCAAGAUGAGAAGAUUUUACAGGACAAACUACGACUAGAACGCGAUCAAAACGAACGAGAAAUCCGCGAAAAAGAAACACAACGCUUGAAUCUAUUGAGAGAUCUUGAAGAGAAGAACCUGGCAUAUGAAGAUUUAGAAAAACGUUUCAGACAAUUACGAGCUGAACUCGACGAUAUGCUAUCGAGAAAAGAUGAUAUCGGAAAGAACAUUCACGAAUUGGAAAGAAUCAAACGCGCAUUAGAAGCAACUGUCGACGAACAAAAACAACAAAUUAUUGAGUUGGAAGAUGAAUUACAAACAGCCGAAGACGCCCGUUUACGUUGCGAAGUCAAUAUUGGUGCACUUAAACAACAAAUGGAAAAACAUGCACAUGAAAAUAAUGAACAAAUUGAAGAUCGUAUGCGGUCAUUGAAUAAACAGUUGAAAGAAUACGAAAACGAACUUGACGAAGAAAGAAAAUCGAAACAACAGAUUCUUCAACAACGAAAGAAAAUUGAAGUUGAUCUUCAAGAUGCUCGUCAACUGGCCGAAGAAGCAAAUAAACAAAAAGAAGAAGCUCUACGUAACUCACGUCGAUUACAAAAUCAAAUUCGUGAAGUAACACGUGAAAUGGAAGAAAUCAAAGUUGUUCGUAAUGAAGCAAUUGUCAAUGCUAAAGAAUGGCAAACUAAAAUCAAAACAUUGGAACAAAAUGUUCAACAGCUUAUGGAUGAAAAAGAUCUUGUCGAUCGUCAACGACGUCAAGCACAAGCUGAACGGGACGAAUUACAGCAAGAAUUAGCCGCUAUUGGUAGUGGAAAGGGUGCAUUUAUUGAUGAAAAACGUCGACUUGAAGCACGUAUUGCUCAACUUGAAGAAGAAUUAGAAGAAGAACAAACAAAUACAGAAUUAACUGGUGAUAAACACAAGAAAUUGGCAAUGACUGUUGAACAAUUAAUGCUUGAUCUUGCUGCUGAGAAAGCCAAUAAUCAAAAAGCAGAAGCUGUACGUAGUAAUCUUGAACGACAAAAUCGAGAAUUACGUGAGAAAUUGGAAGAAAAUGAAGAAUUUGGCAAAGGCAAAUCACGUGCAAUGCUCGGAGCACUCGAAGCUAAAGUUCAUGCACUUGAAGAGCAACUUGAUAAUGAAGUUCGAGAGAAACAAAAGAUUAGUCGAACUGUCCGUACACUUGAAAAACGUCUUCGUGAUUCAACUGGUCUUGCCGAUGAAUCUCGAAAACAAGCGGAUGCAUACAAAGAACAAGCGGAAAAGGCCAGUGUCCGAGUGCGAAAUAUGAAACGAAGAGAAGAAGAAUUAGAAGAAGAAGUCACUCAAAUGAAACAACGUUUACGUAAAGCUUUACGAGAAAAAGAUGAAAUCGAAGAGAAUCCAGCCUAUCAACGAACUCGUCCUUCAACAGCUCAUAGUUCAUCAACAUCCUACGUACGAACACUUGUCACUUCAACAAAAUAUUACUCCGAAUUAUCCGAUGAUGAUUUACAAUCUGAAGCAACAAAUGCUAGCGUAUCUGAGACACUCAAUGGUGGCAAUUCAACUAUACGAAACAGUUCCGUGGGUGAAUUUAACAAUGGCAAUCAUUAA